UUACACGGUUUAUAAACCCAACCGAACGCCUUGCAUGGUUGGAGCGAGUGGCGUGGCUGAGCGAAGACCCUCAACGCUCAGUUUUAUGUCUUCAUUUAGCUUUUGAGUCUUGGACGAACUCUAAACUCGUCAAACUGACGCAACCAUGCUAAAGGUUACCGUCCAGAAGGCUACCAACCUACCCGAUGUAGAUUCAUUUGGCAAGAGUGAUCCGUAUGCCAAGAUUAGCUUUCAAGGUGUUGAACACAAGACAGAUCACAUCAAGGACGAGCUCAACCCCGUCUGGAACAAAGAAUUCUCAUGGGAUCUUGGUGGAAAACCCCUGAACCCAGAUGAGAAGCUUACAUGUGUCAUCAAGGACUAUGAGAAAAUCGGCUUCAACAAGGUGCUUGGAGAAUGCGAGGUGCCCCUGCGCGAUCUAGUGCGAGGCAAGCAGCGUCAGAUCCAGGAGACCUACGCUCUUCAGGAUGGAAAGAAAAGACCCACAGCUGCCUCCGUUGAGCUACAGAUAGUGUACGAGCCACCGCCAGGGGAAAAAGAUGAGUCAGGUGAUGGCGGAGAUGCUGAUGAGGGCGGGGAGACAGAGGCAGGAGAAGAGUUUGAUGAAGGAGGAGAAGAGGGCGGCGAAGAGGGCGGCGAGGAGGCAGGAGGGCCACCCGGCUCAGCUGCCGCCAAGAAAAGAGCGCAGAAUAGGAAACGUGCUCGAGGUAGGCGUGGUCGCCGUAGAUGGUCAGACAAAGUUCAGGAUUUCCAGAUUCGGGUGAAAAUUCUAGAAGGUCGCCAGCUGUCGGGAAAUAACAUUCACCCAGUGGUUCGUGUGGCAAUGUCCAAUCAGAAGCGAGAAACGAAGAUCGUGCGCUCCACCAAUAAGCCAGUGUACAACGAGAGUUUCACCUUUAAUUUCCACACUUCUGAGGCUGAGCUAUUCGAUGACUUGUUCUGUCUAGAGGUUUUCAAUUCUAAGAAACUCCGAUCAGAUGCUCUUAUUGGUUUUUUCGAGUCUGACAUAGGAAGCAUUUAUGAAAUGAAAGGUCACGCAUUCGUCCGGAAAUGGGUGUUGUUAACUGGGGCAGGCGGCGAGCAAGAGGAAGGAGACGAGGGUGAGGGGAAGAAGAAAUCUGCGAUGGGCGGAGCUCCAGCGGGCUACCUGAAGGUGACGGCGAUGGUACUAGGACCAGGCGACGAACCUCCAAUCAAGGCAAAACUCCCACCAAAAGAAGAAGAUGAAGAUGAUAUCGAGUCGAAUUGCCUGAUGCCCAUGGGUGUGGCUCGUCAACCAGCUCUCUUUAACCUGAGGAUAUUUCAAGCCGAAGACAUACCUCAAAUGGACUCUGGGAUGGGCCGAAGUAUCAAAAAGUUUUUCAAAGGAAUUUUUGGCGGUGGAAAGAAAGAGGAGGAACAAGGUGCAAAAGGUUUAGUUGACCCAUAUGUUAAAGUCAACUUCUGCGGGAAAAAGAUUGAGACGUCGAUCAAGUAUCAGGAUGACAAUCCAGAGUUCAAGGAACAAGUGAAAAUUCCACUCAUGUUUCCGUCCAUGUGUGAACGAAUCAAGAUUCAGCUAUAUGACUGGGAUCGUGUUGGAAACGAUGACUGUAUAGGAACCGCUUUCUUGUCUCUCUCAUCAAUUUCAGGGCAAGGAGACGAAGGCUUUCCGCCGACGUUUGGUCCAUGUUUCGUAAAUUUCUACGGGUCGCCACGUGAGUUUUCCGAGCUCCCAGAUCAAGAUGACGCACUCAACAAGGGAAUUGGUGAGGGCGUGGCCUAUCGUGGAAGGGUUCUCAUCGAACUCGAGACCACAUUGGGCUCUAAUGAAAUAGAGCAGGAGGUUUCGCAAAUCGAGACUGAGGACAUCGUACGAGUUCAGCCCUUCCUGCGGCGUGAGAAAUACAAGCUUUUCGCGUGUUUCUACGAGGCUACCAUGAUCAAGGACGUGGAUGGGCCUGUCGAGUUUGAAGUCAGCAUAGGUAACUAUGGUAACAAGAUGGACGAGUCAGUCGCCCCUGCAAACACCGCGCCCUCCAACCCUCUGUUUGACGGUUGCCACUACAACUAUCUCCCUUGGGGCAACGAGAAACCCGUGGUUGUGGUAGAGAGCUUCUGGGAGGAUAUCGCUUUUAGACUAGAGCCACUCAACCUCAUCAGCAGAUUGUGUGACAAACUGGAAGUUAAUGUCAAGCGAGUCAGAAGCGCACUUGACGCACCCACCCCUCCUAAGGAAGAUGCCUUUGUCCCAAUGGUGACAUCAAUUCUAGAAGUCCUCAUCUCAGACUGCAUGAAGGAGCAAGACCGCUUUGAGAAUGAGAUCCUUAAGCUUCAAGGUCACCGCAACCGACUUGAUAUCCUGACGGAAAAGCUGAGGAGCGAGGAACUGAAACUUGUAGCGGUGGAAGCCACUGAAUUGAAGAGUGGGCUUGAGUUCCCUGGUGCCGAGAUCAACAUGGAGCAGACCGUGGGAGAACUGAACGGAUAUCUGCAGAGACUGCGGGAUGUUGCCAUCGAGCCCCAGAACUGUAUCCCAGACGUGAUCGUGUGGAUGAUAAGUGGGUCGGAGCGCAUCGCGUACUACCGUAUUCCUGCACAAGAAGUCUUAUUCUCAACCACGCCUGACGCCUGUGGCAAAAUAUGCGGAAAAACAGUGGAACUCAGACUGAAGUACCCAGGCAAAAAGGGCCAAGACUUGAAGGAUCACCCAGAGAUCCCCGCUCUCGUCCGUGUGGAGCUGUGGUUUGGUCACGAGAAGUACCAGGACAACUGGACGGCACGAGAGAAGAGCGAGGGAGACUUCAUCGUCUACGCGGAAACGUAUGAGAACGAGAUAAAGAUAGGCCCCGUAUGGACCAAGAAGGCUUGCCCGCGACCAGGUUUCUCAAGCCCUGAUGGGGAGCUGGAGCUUCCUCCGGAUAAGUUCAUCGAGCCCUCAGGGUGGAAGUUCCUGGGAGACUGGGAGAAGAAACCAGAGCUAAGCUUGAUGCAUGACAAAGAUUCUGGCCGCAAGACUUUUGUGGAAGAGCUCUACGAGCAAGGAGCACGAAAUUUCCCCGGGGGAGAAUGGGGUGGGGCGAAAAUCCAAUGGACGGAUGUGGGAGGAGACCAAACCACUUCCCCUCAGGAAAAAGCCACCCCGCCUGGAUGGGUGUGGGCCAGCCCGCAAUGGGUGGUGGACAAGAACCGGGCUGUUGAUGGUGAAGGCUGGGAGUACACGGUAGACUUAUCAUAUGGAGUGUACAGCCCGGUGCAGAAGGCGUACCAUCUCAGUCGAAGACGUCGUUGGGUCAGGCGACGUGACCUCAAGCACCCAGAAAGCACCAAGAAACAGGAGCAUUUCCAGAAACUGCUUCUGGAGGGCUGGGAGUACGCCCCCGUCUUCACUAUGAAGUUCCACGCCAAGGAACGCAAGAUGGAUUUCGUUCGUCGCCGAAGAAUGAUGAGAAAGCUGAUUCCGGAGGGCGGCGGCAAAAUCGACCCCAAGAAGAGCAAGCUUCCACCGAUCCUGAGGGUUCAAUUAAAGAGCAAGGAUGCUGAGAGUGCGUUGCUGAUUAAUCCCCGUAUCUUCGUCGCGUUCCAGAAGCCGCACAAGUUCCAGAUGUGGGCGUACGUGUACCAAGCACGUGACCUGCUCGCCAAAGAUGAAUCUGGAAUGAACGACCCGUAUGUGCGAGUGGCAUUCGCGAACCAGAGUCAGAUGACGGAGGUGAAGCAGAAGACUCUGUGUCCCACAUGGGAUCAGACUUUGAUCUUCCACGUGGACCUUUUCGACUCUCUUGAGAACAUUCAGCGCAACCCGCCCACAGUCGUGAUGGAACUCUUUGAUAAAGAUCAAGUGGGGCAACACCACCUGGGGAAUCUCGACUCAAAAUUUCUGGGCAAAGACGACUUUCUAGGUCGUACGGAGUUUAAGCCUUACCCGCGCAUACAUGGAAAUGAAGGUCCUGCGUGCAAGCUGCUCUGGUACCCAAUCUCCCACGGUGACGAGGACGGCGGUGAAAUACUUGCUGCCUGCGAACUGUUCUUGGACGAUGGAGUGGUGAAUAUCCCUCACCCACCCACCCCUCGUGAUGCCGAGGGAGAGAUCCUGCCUGUACGUGACCGAAUCCGCCCCGUCCUGCAGAAGACAGUGGUAGAGGUUCUCUGUUGGGGAGUACGUAACAUGAAGAAGUACCAACUUGCUAGCAUCAAAUCUCCCAGUGUGCAAUUCGAGAUUGGCGGUGAGAUCAUCCAGUCGGACAUCUUGACCGACGCGAAAAAGUUCCCAAACUUCGGCCGACCAAUCUUGCCACGAAAAAUCAUCAACCUUCCCGUGGAAGAGAUGUACACUCCCCCAAUGAACAUCCGAAUCCAUGACAACAGGACUUUUGGCCGCAAGCCCACCGUGGCCGUGCACUCUAUCAAGUCUUUGACGCGAUUCCGCUGCGCCGCACCCACGCCUGCAGGACAGAUACAGGUUGAAGUUGAGACUCCAAGACCAGCGGCCCCCAGGACUCCACCGUUAGGAGGCCCUGCCGCCCCAGGUCAACCAGCGGAAGGCGUAGUCCCGGUCACAUCCCCCGACGGGACCCCUGCUCCUGGAGUAGGACCCCCCGAAGAUGGGGGUAUGGGACAGCGUUCACCUUCCCCUGCGGGCAAGCGUGACCCUUCAAAGUAUCAGAAGCUCGAGGGAGAAACGGAGCCCGAUCCACCUAAGCCAGCGCCUAAAAAGAAGGGGCCCAAGAAAACACCAGAGGAGAAAGCAAAGGAGGCAGAAUCGCACAAGUUUGACUGGUGGUCCAAGUAUUACGCGUCCUUGAAUCAGACCGAAGACAGUAAGAGUGAGAAGUUGUUGAAGCUAGUGUCAUCUGACGAUCCGGAUGCCAACGUGCACGUCGAGAAGUACCGUGAGAUGGGAUACGAUCAUCUGACCGUCUACCCGAAGGAGCUGGAGAAAAUAGAGGAGUUCGGAGGUUUGGAAGAUAUGAUUGCUUCGUUCUCUCUCUAUCGUGGAAAAGCCAAAAAGCGCGACGACGAUGACGAGGAGACGCAGAAGGUCGUCGGGGAGUUCAAGGGCACUUUCCGUAUCUACCCGCUACCCGAGGCCGAAGGAGUCGACCCCGACCUACCCGAGACUGUGUUCACAAACCUACCACCCAAUGAGCCAAUUGACUGCGUAGUGCGCGUCUAUAUCCUUAGCGCCAUUGAUCUUCAGCCCCAGGACCCAGGAGGCUUGGCUGAUCCGUACGUGGUGGUCCAGCUCGGAAAGAAGAAACUGGACAACAAAGACCAGUACAAGCCUAACACCCUUAACCCCAUUUUUGGCAAGAUGUUUGAGCUUGACGCGGUGAUCCCUGUGCACAAGGACCUCAAGAUUACCCUGAUGGACUAUGACCUGCUUACCCGAGAUGACAUGAUCGGAGAGACCGUGAUUGAUCUAGAGCAGCGGCUUCUCACACGCUACAGGGCCAAGUGCGGCAUCCCAAAGACAUACUGCGACUCAGGUCCCAACCAGUGGCGCGACCACAAACGGCCGAUGGAGUUGCUGAGGGAGUGGUGCGAGGAGACCGAGAAGAACUUUAAGUUCUACAAAGGGACAAAAGACGGCACCCCUGACCGUAUUGUCGUCGGGUACAGAGUCUAUCAGCUCGACGAGUUCGAGGAUUUCGACGAGGAGAACAAGCCAAACGAGCACCUUGGCGCCAAGCACCAACGACUUGCCCUGCACGUGCUCAACCAACUGGAAUUCAUCCCUGAACACGUGGAAACACGUGGCCUCAGGAGCCCAAUGCAGCCCAACAUUGAGCAGGGUAAGGUUCAGCUGUGGGUGGACAUCUUUCCGAAAAACGAAGGCGUCUUAAAACCGUCCGUAGAUAUAACAGCACGCGAGCCCACCAAUUACGAGCUGCGUGUGAUUGUGUGGAAUACCUCCGGCGUCAUCAUGGAUGAAACAUCCAUCACAGGCGAGCAGAUGAGCGAUAUCUAUGUGAAGGGUUGGCUCGAAGGCAUGGGUGACGAUAAAGAGAAGACAGACGUGCACUACAGAUCUCUAGAUGGCGACGGGAACUUCAACUGGCGUAUGGUCUUCAACUUCCUUUAUCUGCCCAUCGAGAAGAAGAUGGUGAUUCGUGAGAAGGAGCAUUUUUGGAGCCUGGAUGCCAAAGAAGUAAGACUUGCUCCUCGUCUGAACAUGCAAAUCUGGGACAAUGACACUUUCUCCUACGACGACUUCCUUGGUAGUUGUCAACUCGACCUUAUUAAGCUUCCAAAGCCUUGUCAGACUGCCAAGCGAUGCGGGACAAGUCGAGAUCCCGGCAAGAACGGCGAGUACGUAGAUCUGUUCCAGCAACACUCUAUCCAGGGAUGGUGGGCGUGCUACCAGGAGGGAAUCGAGGAACCAACGGGUAAGAUUGAGAUGACAAUCGAAGUUCUCAAUUCAAACGAAGCUGCUGUCAAACCCGCUGGCAAAGGACGCGACGAGCCGAACCAGAACCCUCACCUUGAUGAGCCAAACCGCCCCGCCACCUCGUUCUUGUGGUUCACGUCACCGUUCAAGACGCUCAAGUACAUCAUCUGGCGUAACUACAAGUGGCUCAUCAUCGGGCUUCUAAUCCUUAUCAUCAUCAUUGCACUUGUCGUCAUCUUCGUCUACAGCAUGCCGGGAUACACUGUCAAGAAGAUGUUCGGUGUGUGAGCUUAAACGUACUGUAGUUCUCUUUUGGCGCCAUUUUCAACAAGAAAUCUAGCGCGUUAGAUAUCCGUGAUUUCGUGCGUAAAUAAAUGCGUUAGGCUUUAUUUGGAUACUAGGCAAAUAAGUUAACAUCAUGGCUAGGUAAUAUUAUGGUCCUUGUUUUUUUUCGUAAUGUGAAGGUAAAUAUAUGAAUGUAAUAAUUGAAAUCAAGCCAGUAUUUUUGACAUUUGGUAACUCAAGGGAGAAACAUGGGAUGUAGGACAUCUAGAUCUAGGAACAAUUAGAAAUCCAUACAUGAAAAAAAUGGUCUUCUAGUCUGUUUAGUGACUGGUAAAAGUAAUGAAAACAGAAAAUAAACACGAUAUCAUCUGUC